AAAAAAGCCAGCCAUUGCCGACUUUUGUACCUUUUUCUAUUCUAUUUUUCUUCCGCAUUCUUAAAUUUGUGCAUUUUGUUGGGAAAAAGGCGAAAAUAAACCGAGGUCCUAAAGUCUAGUCAAGAAAACCACACCCAACCCAAAACAAACGUUGGUUGUUGGUUGGCCACAAUCUUCUUGUUCAAGAGAUUUUGAGGGGAGGCGAACCAAACAGUGCCGAUACGGAAGAAAUGCUGAAGAAGUGCAGGAAUAAGUGACGGAAAGAAGGAUAAAGAAAAUAGCAUUUAGCCAAAGCUAAGCUAAAUCCACCAGCAAGGCUUCUCUCUGAUUCGCUUGCCUUGCCUGCCAUUACCAUUUCUGCGGUUACUUUCCCCCCUGAUAUCAACCAACGAGUUCUGAACUCUCAUUCCUCUGAAUUGGAGAUGACCCCCGAUUUCUGUUAGGGUUUACUUCCAUCUGGACAAUUGUACUUGGUGAUGAUGGUGGUGAAGAAGAAGACGACGCAGAAGGAACUUGUGGGAUUCAAUAAAUCUGCCUUCUUGCUACCUCGCGAACCCUAAAAAACUGCAACAGAGAUGGACAGUUGGAGGCUCUUUUGACUUGGGUCAAAACCCUAUACGCACUUGGCCUGAACGUUGGAGUAAAGGGUUUGGGGUUUGGGUCAUUUUGGAAUCUGGGUGUGGGGAUCACAACUUGACUUGGUGGGGUUGGAAAUAUUGAAGGGUAGUUUGGAGGGGCUGCCUAAUUGAAAGUUGUGAACUUGCAACUCUUUCGCAUGUCGUCAAUAGCUUCAUUUCCUGGUUGGUUUCUUAGUUGAAUUAGAUUAGAAAGAGGGGGAAGAUGCAUGCUAGGCAUAGAAGUCCUGGAAAUGGUUACAAUAGGUCAGGUUCUAUGGGGAUGGGCUUUGGCGGGGGCUCAAGGAUGUCCCCAGAUGGUUCAGCUAGGGGUGGUGGUCAUGGGUUCUACAACUCUGAGUACAGAACCUUCCGCAAUCGAGGCUUUGCCCGUGGAGGUCAUCGUCAUGGUCCUGGGCAACAACAAAGAGCCUUUCCGCAACCACCCCAUUUACCGCCUCGGAAAGGCGAGAUCUUGAUGGAGGCUGGUAGGCUUGCUGCUGAGUAUCUAGUCUCCAAAGGUAUGUUACCUCAGAAUGCACUUGCUGGGAAGUGGCAGAAUGGUACCUUGAAGAAAGUGGCUCCUGAUUAUCUACAGCAAGAGCCCCCGCCAGUGCAAGAAGGCCGGGUAUCCGUCCACUCAAGAUUAAGUACUGGUUCUUCUGAUGCAGGCUCAAGUGACAGAAGAGAUACCGAUGAGUUUGGUUCUCGGAAUCAGUUUAAAGGGCGGAGAAGAGGUGAUUAUUCCCGGAGUUAUAGUUCUGAGUGGGCGAGAGACUCUGGAAGGAGUAGUUCUGGGUCGGAGAGAAAUCGGGAGUCACCUGAAGGGGAGGGUCACUAUGAAGUGGAACAAGGAGGUAAGGGUACGGAUGAUAAAUCGCAUGUAUCAGUUCGUAAUAAUGCAUUGGGAGGGAAAGAGGAAGCAGCUGAUGUCGACGAAUCCAGAUUCAAGAAAUACAAUUCUCCCCGUGAUAAUUCAGUUUCCAAGGCAAGCUCUUCUGGUGCUGAGAAAGAAGAGUCUGAUACUGAAGUUGUAAAGGGGUCUAAAGAUUCAACGGACUUGAAUCUCGCGAAUGAAGAGAUGGAGGAUUUGAACAAUGAUGAGAGCGAGAAGCAAACUGUUCCUGAGGAUGAUAUCUCAAGCAAGAAUGGAUCUGAUUUGUUAGCUUUCUGCAACCUUGUCAAGAUACCGACAAAAAUACGGUCUGCAUUGACCAGCAAGGUUCCCAAGGUUGAUCAGGCUUCUAGUAAUGGAGCAGACAUAUUGGAAACUGUACCGCCCAAAGGCUCAGAUCUCUUAGAUGAAGAUGUUGCCUUUGAUGAUCCCCUUCCAACUACUGUUGAAGAAGUAAGCGAGAUGAACGAUCCAAAGGAUUCCCAAGCUGAAUUAUCUCAACUGUUGCCUCUUCGGUGUGCUGAGGAGGAUAACAAAGUAAGUCCAGUAUAUGGAUCGGAGCAUGGCAAGUGCAUCAGGUCUCGGUCUUUUUCAGAUGGAGUUUUUGAUGUUGAUAGCGAGUUUGAAACGAGCAAUGAAGCAGUGAAGUUUGGAAGGUCUAGCUCGGUUAAGGAAAGAGGUGAGAAGCGUCCUGCAGAUGACAGUGAUACGAGUCAGCAACAGAAGAAACCUAGAGAGAAUCUUCUUCCCACCUUUGUUCCUAAUGCUGCCAAUAAAUUAGCAGAAAAUCUUGUGACUCCAAAAGAGGAAGUGGUAUCACUUGCUCAGCCGUCGUUGAUAACCGAAAGUAGUUUGGGCAAUAGUCAUGAGUGCCCAGAGAAUAUUGAUGACGAAUAUGAUCUAGAGAAGCAGCAGUUUCCUGGUUCAUUCAAGAUAUGCGACUUAAACCUGAUAGAAUCUUCCGAUAUCCAUGACAAUACGGACAAUGAGCCAGUUCUUAUAUUCCCACCUGGUGUGCCUUCCCAAAGAGCAACAGCAAGGAUGGAUGCUGAUUUGUCGAUGAGUAAUGCAAGGAUGCCUAAUCAAUAUGUUAAGCAUGUCAGUAGCGGUAAGGAGAUAGAAGUAAUUGAUCUGGAGAUUGAUGAUUCCCCUCCAGAAGAUGAGGCUGUUGGAAGUUCACAGAAUAAGAUGGAAGUUGAAUUUGGUGGCUCGGAAGGAUUUUCCGGCAAUGCACAAGCAUCUGGCCAUAUAAAUGAUGUUCAAGAUAAUUAUGAUGGCCUUACAAUCUCGGAGUUCCUUAGCAGUUUCUCAAGCUCUACGUCGGUAGCUGAAGGCAUUAACCCACUGCAGACUGAAAUGGGCCUUCAUGCAGAGGGAACUCUUGGAUAUGAUGACUCGAUUUAUACGUCCCUUGAAGAAAUACCAUUAAGUUUCAUACCAGAUUGGGAGCAGCCAACACCACAGGGGUUCGAGAAGCCAUUUUGAUCGUCUUUCUCCCACGAAAUGCAGCUUCGGUGUAUGGAUUUGUACUAUUGUCUGGUCAUCGGAUUCUUGCAACGACCAAUCGUUCAACCAAACCCGAGAUCCUUCUGUUGGCCUUUCCACAAUUCAAGUUUCAUCAUCAUCAUCAUUACUCUAGUUGCUGCAGCGGCACUGGUGAGUGCUGUUUCUUCUAGUUGUACGAAUUCGUCUCUCGCCUUCCUUCCUCCCUCCCUUAAGCAGAGGAAAGGAAAUGGCUGUAAGUUUUUCACUGACGAUUAAUGCUGUACACACGAUUCACGCUUGAGAAUCAAGUUUGUUGUUGUUGUUGUUUCACGAUUAGGAAGGCUUCCUUAAGUAUUAAGCCAUCUGUCCAUUCUUGUGUUAUAUGUCGAAACAACAAGAAAGUAUGAGACAGCUUUCUUUAGUUAUACCAUCAUCGUUUACCAGAAGCAGCUCAACGGCAUUUUUAGAUCGAUGACAGAUGAACAGUACUUUGCUUACCUAUGAUCGUCCUUGCCCUUUUCUAUCUGGCGCGAAAAGAGGAGCUCGAGCUCGAGGAGAUUAUCAUUUACCAGAAUGGAAGCAGAUCUCAUGGUUCGAAUUCCCCAGAACAGAACACAUAUCUCAACGAUAAAGCCAUGUAGUACAAGGAAGCUAUUCGCUUAACAAAGAGAUGAAUAUAAGUAGCCA